CAUGCUCAGAUCAUUCUACAGCCCUGAGAGGUUGCUGUCAUGGCGGCCGCCACGCGUGUGCUCUGGAAAGGCGUCAGCCCGUCUUUAGUGGUGAUUCUAGGAGCCACGGGAACUGGCAAAUCUAAACUGGCUAUCGAGAUCGGGAAAAGGCUUAAUGGGGAAAUUAUAAGCGCCGAUUCAAUGCAGGUUUACAAAGGGCUGGACAUCAUCAUCAAUAAGGUUACAGAGGAGGAGCAAGCCCAGUGUCGCCAUCACAUGAUCAGCUUUGUGGAUCCAUUGGUUAGUGGAUACACAGUGGUGGACUUCAAGAACAAGGCUCUGUCUCUCAUAGAGGACAUGCACCGUCAGAAAAAACUGCCCAUCAUUGUUGGAGGCACAAACUACUACAUUGAGUCUAUUUUAUGGAAAGUGCUCAUCGACACUGGGCAGGGGAGUGACACAGUGUCAGAAAAGGGUGGGACUUGUGAAUCAAGGGUAGAGCUUGAGAAACUGGGAGGUCCUGAGCUUCACAGACGGUUGAAGGAGGUGGAUCCUGACAUGGCAGCCAUAUUGCACCCUCAUGAUGCACGCAAGAUCGCAAGGAGUCUGCAGGUUUAUAUGGACACUGGAGUUCCACACAGUCGGCUUUUGGAGGAGCAGCGAGGACAGGAUGGAGGAGAUUGUCUUGGGGGUCCCUUGCGGUUCCAGGACCCUUGCAUCUUCUGGCUGCACUACGAAACGAAUGCUCUGGAUGAGAGGUUGGACAAGCGUGUGGAUCAAAUGUUGUCGCUUGGGCUGAUUGAUGAGCUUAAAGAUUUUCACCAACGCUUCAAUGACAAGAAGAUCAAAGAAAACAGUCAGGACUAUCAGCAUGGCAUAUUCCAGUCUAUUGGCUUUAAAGAGUUUCACGAGUACCUGACAGCAAGUGAGAACAUCAGUCAGGAAGAACGUGACAAGCUGAAGAUUAAAGGGAUCGAGUCGCUCAAGCAGGCGACCCGACGCUACGCCCGAAAACAGAACAAAUGGGUCCGCAACCGAUUCCUCAAGAGACCUGCUAGCAAUGUGCCACCAGUUUACGGUCUGGAUGUGACAGACGUGACCAAUUGGGAGACUACUGUACUUACUCCUGCUCUAGAGAUCCUGGACUGCCUUCAAAAGGGAGAACAACCAUCUGCACAGCCAAUCAGAGCAGAGGGGGUGGAUUCUCGCAACAAGCGAAGUCAUCAUAUGUGCGACCUGUGCGAGAAGGUGAUCAUUGGCGACUUAGAAUGGACAGCACACCAGAAGUCCAGAAACCAUCUUUAUCAAGUCCGCACGAAGAGAAAAGCCGAGCAGGCCUCAGAUCAGGACCCAAACCCUACCAAACAUCCAAAUGUCAGUGACAGGAAGGUACCUGUACUAUAGCGCUCCCCUCUUUGGAUCUAUUGGGGUCGAGCUCACAGAUGGACCAAAGAAAUGAAGUGCUCAUAAUGUAUUUUUUUUAGAUCAGCAUAAGAAGGUGCUUUCAGAUUGUUUGGUUGGCAGUGAGCAGCAGUGAUACCUCAACUCUCCCUGUGGAGUAGCAGAACGCACUUCAGGGUCUGUGAUGUUUGGACACCCGGAUUUGACGUUUUUCCCAUCUGCCACAGACCAAGGGAUACGGCUGAUGUCUGGAUUUGGAUUCUUGUGCUGGACAGAUGUCUUCCCCGCUGCUGUUUUGUCUGAGAGGUGCACUUUAUAACCACAUCUAACCGCAUCUGAUGCUCUUUUAAACCACACUGUGGUGAGCUAUGCUAACCUCUUUGGCUGUUCUGACUGAAUUCUAAAUACAUCACUCCUGAUGUUGGAUUACUGGAUCACAUUUUUCCCUGCUGAUCAAGAAUGGGGUUAUUUUUUCGUUAUUAUUUGGUGCCAGAUUUUAUUUGGAAGCCUUAACUUUUGUAAUUGUCUGAUCAGUUUGGGUCAGAAUGUAACUAUGACUUCAAGCGGUGGACGUUCUUCCUCAGGAUUGCCAGUGCCUUUGCUUUUUCUGUGAUGACAUCCAACCAAAAACUUAAUUUAUACACCCUCAUGCCGUUCCAUAACCAUUAAUUCUUACAUGGAACAUAAAAAGGAGACAUUUUAAAGAAUGUCCACGCUGCUCUUUUCCAUACAUUGACUUAAUAAAUUAUAUAAU